GACAAAUGUCAAGGGUAUGUGAUGCUGCUGCCUGUCGCAGACCGAAAGCGACCAAACUUAUCUUUUUGAUUACACACCAAAAUAUUUAAUUGAUCGCGUUAUUCAUUAUCCGAAAAUAUAUCUCAAAUCCAGCACAUGCGGGGCUAUAAAUAAUAGUUUGAUCGAUCGGCUUGUUCGUCAUCAUUACACUCAAGGCUUCGAAUUAACAUCUCUUCGUCUUUAUCGAUGGAACGAGUAAGAGAUUUGGCAUCGAAGAAGGCGGCAGUGAUAUUCACGAAGAGCUCGUGUUGCAUGUGUCAUAGCAUUAAGACCCUCUUCUACGAGCUCGGGGCAAGUCCUGCGAUCCAUGAGCUUGACAAGGACCCACAAGGCCGUGACAUGGAACGGGCCCUCUUCCGGGUAUUUGGGUCCAACCCUGCUGUCCCAGCGGUUUUCGUAGGAGGGAGGUACGUCGGCUCAGCUAAAGACGUCAUCUCCUUCCACGUGGAUGGCUCUCUCAAGCAGAUGUUAAAGGACUCUAAAGCCAUAUGGUUGUGAGUUGUGACUAGUCAUCAUGCUUCUUACUAUAAUUAAUUCGCCACUAAUUCAUAUUAAUUAUGUCAUUUAUUUUCGUGAAUGAUAUAUUAUAAUUUACAUAUAUUUAUCUA